AUGGAGAAAGGAAAAGGGAGCAAUCAAACAUUUAUUAUGGAACUCACCCUCCUGGGAUUUGGGAAUGCCCCUGACUUGCAGGCUUUUCUCUCCCUCAUGUUUCUUAUGAUUUACAUUGUGACCAUAGCUGGGAAUAUUUUAAUUGUUGUCUUGGUUGUGAUUGAUAAUCAUCUUCAUACCCCCAUGUACUUCUUCCUGGGCAACUUGUCCUGCUUGGAGACCUGCUACACCUCUACCAUCCUGCCCAGGAUGCUGGCUGCCUUCCUGACUGGGGACAGGACCAUCUCUGUUAGGGGCUGCAUUACUCAAAUGUAUUUCUUUGGUUGUCUGGCAACUACAGAGUGUUACCUCCUAGCUGUGAUGUCUUAUGACCGGUACUUAGCAAUAUGUAAACCACUGCUCUAUGCAGCCCUGAUGAAUAGCAGGGGAUGUGUCCAUCUAACAGCUGGGUCCUGGAUAGGAGGAUUAAUAAGUUCUCUAAUAAUAACAUAUUUCACAUCACAAUUAACUUUCUGUGGCCCCAAUGAGAUUGAUCACUUCUUUUGUGAUUUAACGCCAAUACUACAGCUCUCCUGCAGUGAUACCAGGUUGGUCAUGUUUGUUAGUUUUGUAGUCUCUUCCCUAGCUGCAGUUUUCCCAUUUAUGUUAACCGUGGCAUCCUAUAUCUGUAUCAUAGUUGCCAUUUUGAGAAUUCCCUCUUCCACUGGAAGGCAGAAGGCAUUUUCUACUUGCUCCUCUCACCUCAUUGUGGUGACAGUUUUCUACAGUACCCUAUUGAUUGUGUACAUGAUACCCAAUACCAACACCCUGAGAGACCUGAACAAAGUGUUCUCUGUCUUCUACACGGUUCUCACACCUCUUGUGAAUCCGCUAAUUUAUAGCCUGAGAAACAAAGAGGUGCAAGUGGCACUGGCAAGAACCAUUGGUAGAUUUAUAAACUCCACAAAGAAGUCACGUUUAAUUAAGGGAGGAUAA